AUGUAUAAGUUGGACAACUUGGACGGCUGUAAAUUCCUGAUAAAUCCCCUGAUGAACCGAGCCUUUGGAUCCAUCUACAAGCGGCUUUUGCAACAGCAGGUUUUCAAAAGAGGAGGUUCGAAUUUUAUCUUGGAAAAACUAGUAACAAGCUGUGACCGCAAUUUUGUGGAGUACUUCCGAAAAGUUCCCGGAAGGGAGGAUAUUAUAACCUUUCGGGUGGUAAAGCUAGCAAAAACUUUUACCAUCGACUUAGCUGUGAGGGUCAUGAAAACCAAGAGAAUCAUGUUCAAAGUGGAUAACUUUGAUGGUUGUAAAUUCCUGAGCAAUCCCCUGAUGAAUCGAGCUUUUGGAUCGGUCUACAAGCGGUUCCUUUUGAAUGGUUCUUUUAGUUGUCCGAUAAAGCCUGGGGUGUAUUACCUCAGGAACGAGGGAUCUGAGCUCCUGUUGCCCGUUUUCCAGCCGCCUGGAAGAUAUCAAAUUACCACGCGCAUCAGGAUGCGCGAAAGUCGGGAUCCUUUCGUGAUGGAGAUGCUUUGGAUUUACAAUGUGGUUAGAAUAAAGUGA